AUGUCAUCUAACGAAAGCAAACGAAGCCAUCCAAGCGUCGAAGAAGGCUGCACUAUAGCUCGAAAGAAGACGAAAAGAAAGGAUUCUGUUCACAAGUUUCCGUGUUCUCUCUACGUUAAGUUUUGGUAAGCAUUCUCCUCGCCAUAGUAUGCUUAUAAGCUUAGCUAAAAUGCGCAAAGGCUUAUAAUCCUUGCGUACUGUAGUCUAAUCACGUUUGAGUUUAACAGCGUAUUUAACCCUCAUUUGAAGACAAGAGGUUAAGACUUCUAAGCCAUUUAAUAUCCUGGCUUGUGGUUGUUCUCGCUGGAACUGACGUGCAUGACGUGCCGUGAAAAAGAUGGAGAAUCGCAGCCUCGUUCCCAGUCGUCCUCGGCAAUUUCGAAUAUGACCUCAGCUGUUAAGUUUGUUGGGAGAAUUCCCCAGCCUUCUUCCCCUCACUCGGAUAGCGCGAAUAUGCCUGGGGACGAGAAUGGGAGAAUCAAUAUCCUUGUCAUGCUUCGUCCAAGUUGCCAUUUCCACCCUGGUAGGCACAAAACUCAGGUCACAAGUGCAGGACACUACUCUAUUGAUAAGCAACUGAGAUGAGCAGCUUCCCCUAAACAGGGCUGUCAACCCCCCACGUCAUCAAAUAUUGAGAAUUGAUAGGGAAGAAAUGAUAGAUGAUGUCAUAUUGCACAACAAAUGACGUCAUGUGUACCAAAAAUGCACGUUGAUUCCAAUCAAUGUCAAUAGCACAUAAACAGUUCAUAUUUAGCCACAUUAUUGCUUAAAUUACAAUGGCAUACCAGAAUUUCUGGGGAAAUGUUCUGUGUUUACAGUAGCUCAAACAAGCUCUACAAGAAAUAGCAACUUUGGCAAUUAUCCAGGAGAUAUCAGCCUCUAAUCUGGAGACUGGGUGAUAAGGUCCAAAAUCUUGAGUCUGCCACAUUAUCCGGGAGAGUUGACAGAGCUGCCUUAAGCUUAAAUGCUAUUCUGGAUUAAGAUUAAGGCUAGGAGAGACUUUUAGUGUUGUUUAUUUUCUGUGGCAUAAAGACCUUUUCUCUAGCCUGCACUUGCGUCACUUGCGACCUGUGACCGUUUAUAUGCAGUUUGUACCUGCCGAAUUCAACCCAGAAAAUGUGCACGUGACAAUCCUGAAAAGUAGUUUGGGAUAUGAUCAAUACACUGAAGUUGUUGAAGAUAAUUUCUUUUUAAUAGCACUGGCAAACGUACAUCAAUGGCCUCUCGUGCCAUUCUUUCAAAUUUCUUUGAAAAACAGUGAACACAAAACCACCCUCAAUACUUUUUGGGAUUGUCACUUGCACUUUUUCCUGCAACCUUUCUCGAAAUAACCAUAUAUGACUCAGUAACCUUUGAUGAUGUCUUCAACUGUCAUACACUAAUGACAGAGUGUGUGAUUAUUGGUAUGGCAAUGAACAAGACCAAAACAUUUUAAAGAAAUUAAUAUCAAUGGAUUGCCACCCACUAAAAGAUAUCAUUCCUGUCCAGAAGACGUAUGUACAUAAUCUUAGGACAAAAGGCUUCGUACGCCCAAAAAUUAAUACAGAGCGUUUUAUGAACACCUUUGUAAAUAGGUUGAUUUUAAAGCUCCAUUUAUUGUAAUGAUACACUUUUUUAAUAUAUACAUAUAAUGUAGAUAUCUUUAUCAUAGUUUUUAUCUUCUCCUAUUGUAACAUAAGAUAUGUAGUUUUAUCUUUUGGUGAAAUAAAGACUCAUUAUUAUUAUUAUUAUUAUUAUUAUUAUUAUUAUUAUUAUUAUUAUUGUUAUUAUUAUUAUUAUUAUUACAGACUGUUCUCUAACAACUGUAUUCUCACAUCAUAGGCUUUUGAAAAAUUAUGAGUAUGACCCUAGUGGUGGAUACUGUACAAGCAUUACAAGUGUGAGUUCACAUCUAAAAUCUGAUCAAGAACUAUUACAAAGGAAUGGUAGCAAUCCCUUGACAAAAGGCAGGUUCUGUUUAAGAGAUAACAUCCUCAAACUUUGGAAGGGUCAAGUAAUUGAAACAAAAUUUUCUUUCAAUAAAGAAGAACAGAGGAUUCGAGCAUUCAGAAAUCUGCGCAGAAAGGAUUUUCACUCUGUCAAUGGAACACAAUUCAGUGACUGCUCAGCAAGUGAGCAUUUUAUCCAAGUUCCUGGCUGGCAAGUAGCCAUCAAUAAUGACAAGUCAUUGUCAAUUCUGCAAAUUGAAGACUGGCUUUUGGAUGGGCAACGAGUUGUCACAGAGAUACGUGCUGACCAAGGGCAGGAGAAUACAGAGUAUAAAUGCAUUCUCAGUGCACAUGGACACAAACUAGACACAAGGUAUACAGGUUUGAAUCUAGGACAGAUGUCUAGUCCUAAGGAAGAGCUUGAAAUGUUGGCGAAGUGUUUAUCUAUUACACAGUUGUGUAAAGGUUUCAAGCCACCUAAGGCUGUUACUCCAUUGUGUGAAGGAUCAAGCCCCCUUGAUGCUGGCUUUUUAGCACAUGCUUCUAUUAAGAUAGCAGAGUACAGUGCUGCUUCUGAUCCCACUGCAGUGGAAAUAAGAAUCUUUUCAGGCAGAUGUCAGAUUUUCUGCUCUUCAAAAUUACUAUGUUCAGAGUGCAAAAUGUGCCAGAACAAUUUUGUUAGGAAACUGCAGAGGGACAGGGGGCAUGCUGGAAACAUCGGUUCAAGAAGUAACCAUCGUUACAUGUCUAGAGAACAGCUUCUUUCUAAGCUGAGGAAUUUACAGAAGGAAUUCCGUAAUUUCAAGAAUAGAGUGAAGGAACGUGAAAACAAAUAUGAAGAAAUUGAUGGUGAUGAUGAUGGUGAAGAUGAUAUUGAUGAUGACAAUAGUGAUUGCAGUGAUGAUGAUGUCGAUGACAGUGAUGAUGAUGGCAAUGAGAGUGAUGAUGACGUCAAUGAGUCUAGUGAUGAUGAUACAAAUGCUUGCAAUGACACCUAA